AUGAUUGGAGCCAUAGACUGGACGAACGGCUUGGUCAUGCGGAUGAGGGCAAAGGCGGCCGCGAAGUGGGUGCAGCGCUACGAGACAGACGAGGACGUGGCAAUCCAUGUGGCGGAGAUGCUGUCAUUCCUCGCUUUCGCGUGCAAGGCCGGAGAGCAGUGGCGAGGACGUGUGGUCUUGUAUGGGGGCGAUAACCAGGUUGUGCGUGAGUGGAUCGCCAGUCGAAAGGCGGGCACCCCAGUCGGACGCCUGCUUGUGCGCGUGGUGUUGCUGGAAAUGAGGUACCGCUUCGUUCUGAUUCCUUCGUGGUGGCGUACCUAUCAUAACGUGCACGCCGACUACCUCACCCGGUGCGGCGACCACGAGUUUGAAGCUUUGGUUCUGGAAAAAGGUUGGACGAUCAUCGACAUCACUGACCAGCUCAGGCAGGCGGUGAUCGAUUCCGAAAGGUUUGGGCCAUGUUUGUUGGCAUGGGAGGAGGAUGACCGCCGCGCUUUGAUGCAGCUCAAGGAGCGACGCCUUCAUCGGGCGAUCCCGGCCGCACUUCGCCCGAGGACGUCUUGUGACGGACUUGUGGACGCGGUGAUCGCAGCCGGUGGACAGGGACGUGUGGCUCCGUGGAAUGGCCCGAUCAAUGAAGGGGAGAUUGUGAUGGCUUCCUUUCCUCCAGACCAAAACGGCGAGGUUGCGGCACAGGCGGUGGCAGCG